GCCGGUCCGGACGCGUCGCUUCCGGUCUGAGGAAAGUGGGAAGCGGUUUGUUGAGUUCUGUCUCUCAGGUGAAGACCAGCGGAGACAAGAUGGAGUCAGAGAGACCGACCAAGCUGGAGUUCGCGGUGCAGAUGACGUGUGACAGCUGCGCACAGAGCGUCCGCGCAGCUCUGGAGGGGCAGCCAGGCGUGGGGACAGUGAGCGUGGACGUGUCCCGGGAGGAGGUGCUGGUGGAGUCCUCUCUCUCCAGUGCGGAGGUGCAGGCUCUGAUAGAAACCACCGGGCGCCGGGCGGUGCUGAGAGGCAUCGGAGGAUCAGAGCAAGACCUGGGAGCAGCGGUGGCCAUGCUGGCGGGGGCCGGGCGGGUCCAGGGCGUGGUGCGCUUCCUGCAGCUGUCGGAGGAGCGCUGCCUCAUCGACGGGACCAUCGACGGUCUGGAGCCGGGACCCCACGGCCUCCAUGUCCACAGCCUGGGGGACCUGACCCGGGACUGCAGCAGCUGUGGAGACCACUACAACCCCUCGGGAGGACGGCACGGUGGACCAGGAGACGCCGAGCGGCACGUCGGUGACCUGGGGAACGUUGUGGCCGGACCCGGCGGCAGAGCCUCCUUCAGACUGGAGGACAGCCAGCUGAAGGUCUGGGACGUGAUUGGCCGAUCACUGAUCGUGGACGCGGGCGAGGACGACCUGGGCCGGGGGGGGCACCCUCUCUCCAAACAGACAGGGAACUCUGGGGAACGCCUGGCCUGUGGGAUCAUCGCUCGCUCCGCCGGCCUCUUCCAGAACCCAAAGCAGAUCUGUGCCUGCGAUGGCGUGACGCUGUGGGAGGAGAGAGACCGGCCGCUCGCCGGGCCCGGGCGCAGCAAGGCCGAGACGCCGGCCGCUCACCUGUGAACCCCGGGAUCGAACCCUGACGUGAGCUGGAACAGAAAGAGAAAGAGAAAGAGAAGACGCAGAGCUGAGGCCGAGCGACCGAGCACUUCAAAGACAAUCAAAGAAUAUAAUUCCUUUUCCUGUGUGAUGAAAUCAAACGCUGCUGCUUCCUCUGAGGGUUUCAGACGCUCUAACGCUAGAGACCAGAGGCCGGGACCCUGAGACUGCACCCCCCCCCGCUGCUUCCUGUUUGACACGACUGUCUCACCAGCGUCCAGAUGCCUGUGAGGUGUCUGGUCCUGGUGGAGAUUAACGCCCUAUGUUUGAUAUUCAAGUCUCUAAUUUAAUUAAACCCGCCUCCUUAAAUGAGGAUCAGAGGUGGAGCUCUGCUCUGAGCCUGACGGGUCAGAAGGUUUUAAUGAUGUCUGGGUUCUGUCCGGUUGGAUGAAUGAUCUACGUGCCUGUAAUCUGGGAAACCCCGGGUCGGGUUCUGGCGCCCGUCGGGUUCUGGCGCCCGUCGGGUCCGGGUCAGGCUCAGCUAGUUUCUCUCAGGCAGAAACCUGAGGCCUGAGCUGAACUCUCCUGUGAUCCCCUGGAAACGUUUGGGAGAAGCUCAGCUGAUUCGGACAAAAACAAGUUAUAAUUUGGUGUAAAAUAAAUUAGCAAAUAUUAUUUACUAAA